AUGCGCGGAUCGGCGGACCCCGUCACGGGAGAACUGCCGCCGCAUGACAGCGUACCGCCCGACCAAGAGGUCGGCAAUCGUCGACCCCAGGAGCCCGAGGUUUACUCUCCUAGGAAAGGGUCACUGCCCAGUAGGGGAGGGGCGGAUCAACGCGCUGUCUUUUCGGAGGGAGAUAACGCGACACCCUCGUCUGCCUCUUCUGCAACGCUCGGCAACACAGCCGUUCCUGAGAGCGUAUCUACCAAUUUGAUGCCUGUUCCCUGUAAACCGUCGCCUACGGCUAAGCAGGGACACAAAACGGAGCCGGUCCCUACCCAACCGUCGCUAAAUUCCAAGCCGGAAGCCAGUUCACCGCCUGUUUCAGGCGACCCGUCGCUUGACACUAAGACGCGUGAUUUAUAUCCGGACGGUUCGCCCCCAGCCGUCUGGUCGCAAGACGAUUACGCGGCGUGUUUAGAGGCUCGACAAAUGGCGAUAAAUGACCUUCCAAGUGACGAAUGGCUUACGACGCUAGCCGAGCUAUUCACGAUAGUCCACGACUCCGUCAAAAUUGAUGAGGAGCUAGUAUCUCCGGGUAAGAAGCGUUUUCUAAGAUUAUGA